AUGGACGAUUCAGGUGACGAUUUGGCGGCUCGAGGGCCCAGGCGAGUAUCAACAGCCCCUAUACCCUCACGAGGCCCUACGGAACCAGAAACACCCGACUCGGAUCUUGUCGAAACACUCUAUAGCCAUCCAAACGUCAAGAUAAUAUCUUUUACGGCCACUGGCCGAGCCUAUGCGAGAAGUCCUGGGGGGCCCGCCUUGAGCAAUGUUGAUCCACCGAGUUCUUUAUCAUGGUCCUCACAGCUCGAGAGAACCAUCGCUGUGGGACCAUUUCGCAUAUAUCGAGCCCCAAGAUCGGUAGCCUUCUUGAGCUGCGGUUCUGCAUUGCAGCCAAUUCUGCGAAAAAGCCAGUGCUGGUGUAUAGACGAGGUUAAUAGUAGGUUUGUCCUGCAAAUACGGCGACCGAACUACUGGAGAAUAGAGCUUCCAGUCGAUGACCCCGAAGAUCAGCAGCGAGCCGAAGAACUGAGAGAAGUGUUGGACAAGAUUCUACAAUUUGAAAAGACUGAAUGCCCUUUCAAGCGCACCUUUACUGUCGAUUUGCCAGAGCAGGUUCCCGUCACAAUCCUGCCCUGGACGCCCCGCGCACAGCCUAUGAUUCCUUCUGAUGAGGCAACACCGGCAUCCUCUACGGACUCACGAAGGUCCUCCUUUGUUGGGAGAGCUUCUACACCUACUCCAUUAAUUCCUAGACAGCCCAGAGAUAUACCAACAAGCCCGAUACCUACCAGACCUGAAAGCGCGGCAUCUAACGUAGUGCCUUCCAACAUAUCUCUUUAUGAGGAGUAUGGAAUGAACCUCGACCCUCUGCAACCAUUAGGCACCGGAAAUGCCGGCACUGGACCCUUGGAAGCUGUCCCAGAACGCCCAGGUGAACAAGGCUCUCCAGAUAUGCUCGAGUCUCACGAUAGGUCAUCUGUACUCUCUUCCAGUCCCACGGAAGAUGGUUCCUCCAUGUAUCAGCUUCACGAAGGCUCUGGGAAUCGAGGUGGCAAUAUGAAGGCCAGGCUACGACGACGAACUGGUAAUUUCACAACCAGAUCUGCUACGAUGCCACCACGCAUGAUGCCGACACUGGAUAAGUCUGGGCCGUCAGCGUCCACGUCAAGGGAGCCUCUCUUAAGAAGUGUGUCGGAAACAACAAGAAAGUCGACUGGUCGUACUGCAGAUACCACCUCUUCUCCCCAGAAGAAGAAUAAAAGAGAUGUGAAGGCCUCCCGGUCGCCACAGCAAAAGGUCAAUGCUCAACAACCUCGAUUACUGCGUAGAGAUAGCGAGGAAUCUUUCCAUAGUGUUGAGUCAUGGCAUUCUUCUGGAGUUCCACAGCAUCCUUCGCCUCCUACUUCCCAAGCAGAAUCUUCUAUGGAGGCAAACAAUGACCCGUACGAGGCAGGUAGACUGUCAGCCGGCAAAAGAAAUAAGUCAUCACAUAGCCGGGGUAGUUCUCCCAUGCCAUGCGCAUGGGAGUCCGACUAUGAUGAUAGCGAAACAUCCGACGAAAGCUCAUCGUUAGAUGCGGAUUCAGUGAGAGAGCUAAAAAAUGAUGCCUUCCCCAAACUUGACACCGGCCCGUCGACAACACCCAUGACCGCACCGCAGCGGCCAUUCGUUCCACGCCACAGAGCGACGACCGGUAGUAUUUCUGUAAGGCGACGCGCCCUGUCACCUCUGCCACCUGCAGCCAACCUCUUUACACCCGCUUCAACCAUGGAACGGAGACCAUACAGGAGUAAGUUGGAGACGGUUAAGAACCUUCCAAUGGCUAUUAUUGCCAAGACCUACGAGAUGAUCCUGGGUCCUCCCAGCUCUCUCAUCCGCCUAAUCCUCAAGGUGGCAGCUAAGAUUGCUUCUGGACAAUGGCGAGGUCUCGUGUAUGGAUAUGGUGAGGAUGGCGAAGAAAUACCGGUGCAGUGGGAUUACUCCGAGGGAGAAUUCAGCGACUGGAGUGAUAAUGAACAUGAUCAACAUGAUCGCAGUCAUAAACAAGGGAAACGAGAGCAUCGGCAUAGCAGACACCGCAGCAAUGCUCAAGAUAUGACAGCAGAGGAUGAGAUGCGCAGACGGCCCUCAUCCUCUGACGAUAGCCGAAGCUGGGGCGUUGAUUGA